AUUUAUUACCAGCUGUGUGACGUGUACCAUUGUAUAACUCUGCCUGAAGCUGGUUCCUCUAAGUGAGUCGUCCUUUAGUCACUAAACAUUCCCACACCAUGCUACCAACUGCCCUCGUCGUAGUUUUGGCUGCUGUCAUCGUACAGAUAUCUGAUGCUAAAGCUGUCUCGGAAAAGGGUCGAGUAGAGGAGCUGACCCUCAACCUAGAUGAAGCUGGUCGUGAAAUUGAGGACAAAAGCAGCAAGGAAGCCAAUACUGCAGAACUGACCAGAACCUACGGUCACAUCAAGUUUGGACUGCUCAAAAAGAGAGUGGAAAAACACAAGUUGAAGAAAACGUUAGUGUUCUUAGUCAAACGGUACUUCCUUCACAUGGGAGCCUUCAUCAUGGAAUCCAUAAUGACACCGAUACAGAUCAUCUGGGCCAGCAAAUACAGAUGGAUAGGCUGAGAAGCUUGCAGAUAACGUUUGCAGAUAAAAUGUAUGUCAUUUGAAAAAAAGUAAACAGUUUGAUUGAUA